AUGGAGGAAGAAAAGCAUAUGCUGUUGGGUGGGAAGUACGAGAAGGGGAAGCUCAUCGGAACAGGCACCUUCGCCAAGGUUUACCAUGGCCGGGAGGUCUCCACCGGUGAAAGUGUCGCCAUUAAAGUCAUCAACAAGGAUCAAGUUCGAGACCAAGGCAUGGUUGAGCAGAUCCAAACGGAGAUCUCCGCCACUCGGCUUGUUCGUCAUCCCAAUAUCGUUGAGCUUCGUGAAGUUUUCGCUACUAAAUCUAAGAUCUAUUAUGUUAUGGAGUAUGUCUCCGGUGGUGAACUCUUCGCUAAGGUCUCCGGUGGUGGACGGCUCAAGGAGGAUGUCGCUCGUAAGUAUUUUCAGCAGCUGAUUAGCGCCGUUGAUUUUUGCCAUAGCCGUGGUGUCUCUCACCGUGAUAUCAAACCGGAGAAUCUACUUCUCAACGGAAAUGAUGACUUAAAAAUCACGGAUUUCGGAUUCUCUGCUCUGCCGGAGCAGAAGCGUUACGAUGGACUUCUACAUACACAGUGUGGGACUCCUGCUUACGUUGCACCGGAGGUGUUAAGGAAGAAGGGGUAUGAUGGUGCGAAGGCUGAUAUAUGGUCAUGCGGCGUCGUUUUGUAUGUGUUGUUAGCCGGAUUCCUCCCGUUUCACGAUGAGAAUCUAAUGAAUCUGUACCGGAAAAUCUUCAAGGCGGAGUAUGAGUUUCCGCUGUGGUUCUCCCCGGAAACUCGGAAACUGAUCUCGAAACUUCUGAUGGCGGAUCCAGAGCGGCGGAUCUCGAUUGAAGGAAUAAAUCGUGUGCCGUGGUACCGGCGGGGUAUUUCCCGGAACAGCUCGUUUCGAUCAAAGAGAGAAAGAGUUUCAUCUCCAGAUCCGACACCUGGAUUGAAAAAAUCAAUAUCAUCGCCUUCGUUUUUCAACGCUUUUGAGCUGAUUUCAUCUAUGUCGUCUGGAUUUGACUUAUCUACUUUGUUCGAGAGCAAGGAGAAGAAGAAGGUGGCGUCAAUGUUCACGUCGAAAUUUUCAGCGGCGGCGAUCGUGGAGAGGAUAGAAGCGGCGGCGCGGGGGCUGAGGUUUAUCGUUGAGACGGAGGAUGAUUUCAAGGUGAGGAUAGAUGGAACGGAGGAGGGACGGAAAGGACCGUUGGCAGUGACGGCGGAGGUGUUUGAAAUGGCGGCAGAGAUGACGGUGGUUGAGUUCACCAAGGAUUCCGGCGAUACUCUGGAGUACGAGAAGUUCUGUGAGGAAGGCAUUAGACCGGCGUUGAAGGAUAUCGUGUGGACGUGGCAAGGCGACGUCGGAAGUUCUGACGGCGCCGGUGAAGUUACAGUUAACUCCGGUUAA